UCAUCGACAGAUCUAUCAUCUCGACGCUCAAUGUUGCCGUACAGAAAGCCCUUCUGAACACUUUCGUCCGAAGCCUGGUUGUCUUCACACUCUGACAAUGAGAAAGUUUACGUGCCUUUAUCAUACAACAGCGCUGACACGAUCAAGUCAGGCCCCCCUCCGGGCCACCAGCGUGAAAUCUACGCAUCGAGGAACAGAUAACUUACUAAAUUUGCAAUGUAUCUUCGCCUCAUGUAGGUGUUUGCUGAACGUGUUUUCUCGUGGUCACAUCAUAUCGCUGUCCAGCCAUUCCUUCAACAUUCCCUCUGAGCACGUUUGGUAGCACACAUCAUGCUUCGUAUCGCGGUCGCUGGAGCCGGGGUCACCGGCUUGCUCGCAGCGAUUGGCUUCGCACGCUACGGUCAUCAAGUCAUCAUCUACGAGCGCAAGACUGAGACUGUAUUCGCAAAUGAAGGAGGUGCUGGGAUCCAAUUGCAGGCAAAUGCCAUGCGGAUUCUAAAAGCAUGGGAUCUGGACAUCCAGGAUGUUGCACACGACAGUGAUGGCGUCGCCGCAAGACGAUACGCUACCGGAGAGGCAAUCGCAGUCAUCAAGCCUGUGGCAGGUACACAGAUGUUCAUGCUGAGAUCAGACUUCCGUCGGUCGAUGCUCAAACACGCGCUGGCUGCCGGGGGCGGUGUUGAAAAAAUUGAAGCAGACCUGAUCAUUGGCGCAGAUGGGAUCAGGUCCAAAGUGCGGAGUGCGCUGUUCCCAACCGUGCAGCCAGAAGUACGUGCAGAGUGCACGUUUCAAUUCCACGUGCCGUUUUCGGAGCUCAAAAGCGACGCUGCGAAGGAGAUAAUAAGUUCCCCGAACGCCAAUCUGUUCUUCGGACCUGAUACAACAAUUGUCGCAAGUCCAAUAUUUUCCCGGAAUAUCUUCGACCUGCAGUUCAUCACGCAGCGGUAUGGCCGGGAGACGGAUCCCCAUCCUGAUACAUGGAAUGAGUACAUUCCGGAUAUGACUGAUAUCAGGAAUCGGUACCGGACUUAUGGACCUGUUACUCAAGAGCUGUUGAGUUUAGGUAAGGGGGUGUGGAAAUGGCGACACGCUGAGUGCUUCUCUCCUUGUUGGACCAGCGAAAAUGGUAAGGUCAUACUAGCUGGAGACGCUUGUCAUGCGAUGGUGCCUUUCGCCGGUCACGGCGCAGGAAUGUGCAUUGAGGAUGCCGCUGUGCUGGCCACGAUGUUUCGGGAUGUUUCUCAUCAAGACCAUUCAGGUAUACGGACACGUGCCAGACUCUAUCAAGACCUCAGACAGCCUCGGACCGAUAGAUGUCAUCGACGGACGUUGGCGUUGGCUGUGUCUUACGGGCUUCCAGACGGCGAAAACCAGAAAAAGAGGGAUAAUGCGUUACGACACGUCAUGGAGAAGUAAGUACAAUUGCCUCUACGGGGAGACCGAGACGCCCACCCGUUGUCGAAUGAGUUUGAGAACUGGCUCGAGCAGUACGAUGCGCUUGAAGAGGUAAGAAUUCCUCAUCUUGUGAAAAGGUCUGAUGAUGACUCUUCCCAGGCACGAAGCGCACUACGAACAGCUGGAUUAGCGGAGCCUGUUUCGAAGUUAUAGACGUUCAGCAGCCCUAUCAAGGAUACAAGUUCCCUCGCAGGUAUCCGCAGAGCCUGUUUCCAGAAAAGGUGGCACAGUCUGACCGCUGUAGCUGGUCAGGUUCAAGUGGAUACCAUUCUUAUUGCCAUCCC